GAACAAUAAAAAAAAAGAAUUAUAAAUUUUCUUGGAACAUGAAAUAAGAAGAAAUUUUCCGGAAAAUUGUUUAUUCGAUUCUUUGUUCCUGUUCAUGAGUUUCACUCAACAAUGGAAACUGAUUCUGCUACAGCCACAAAUCUAUUGCUCAAUAUGAUUGAUAAUAGUGGUUCAACACCUGAUUCAUUAAAUUUGAAACAAACUUUAAGUGAAUUAGAUCGAUCAGAAGGUUUUCAAAAUGAAUUGGCCAAAGCAUAUGAUGUGAUAAAAAUUGAAUGUUCUGUAGAAGAAACAAUUGAUGAAAAGCUAAAAGAAGAACUUGAAAAAAGAAUAAUUUUUCUUGAUAAUGAUCUCGAUGGUCAAAUUUCAUCGAUAUUCAUUGUGAAUGAUCAGCCAAAAAUACAGCAAGAUUCAUCACCGAUUCAAUCAUAUUCGAUGAAAAUAGAUCACCGUCGCAAUCCUAGCAGAAAGAAAAAUGAUGACAAAUAUUUUCCCCGAAUUCUAUGGCGAUUGAUUAAUGAAUGUACGAACGAUGCUAUAAAAUGGUCAUCAGAUGGUACAGCUAUCCUAAUUGAUUAUGAAAAAUUUCAACAACAUUAUCUAGACACUAAUCAUUUCAAGACGAAAAAAAUCAUUUCAUUUGUUCGCCAAUUGAAUCUUUAUGGAUUCAAUAAAGUUAAUGCAAAUAGUAAACAAAGUACUCAAAAUGAACAAAUGAAAAAAUAUCAUGAAUUUUGGAAUGUAAAUUUCAAACGUGAUUGUCCACAUUUACUAAAAUCAAUUCGACGACGAACUUCCGGUGCUGGCAAACAACAAAUGAAAGAUAAAGAAAAUGUUAUUGUUAAUCAUCAUUACAUUGAUUGUAAUAAUUUCAAAUCUAUCCGAAUCAAACAUUGCAAUACAUGAUUAUCUAAAUACCUAAUAGAAAUAUGUUAAAAUAAUUUUAUAAUUAUAUACUAUUCCCUAAUUGGUUAAAUAAACAA